AUGGCUAUUUUCGGCACCAACCCGGCCAUGAACUCUGCAAUGCGCCACCCGCCCACUCAGCAACUAGGAAACAAUGCUGAUAUUGCUCCUUGGGAGAGUCGAUCCCCGAAUGGCAAUGAAAUAGCGCCUUGGGAACGAGGUCCCCAAGCGCAGAUGGCAGGCACACGCCCAUUGAAUCAGUCGUACUUUGCUGAUUCGGUUGGCCGGGAUACACAGAGUUCGUCCAUGCGUCCAGAUACGGCCAGAACGAAUAUAUCAGACGCCGGCGAUUUUGAUGCCGAUGCCCGACGGCCGUCCAUUACCAGCGCCACCACUGUGAGCAGUACGGGCUCAAUAAGUAGUGCCACAAAUGGACGGUUUCACAAGAGUCUGAAGGGAUUCUUUGGCGAAGAUCCCACGGAUUCUCGAAAAGGAUCGACCGCCAAUCUGCCAGAACAGUUACCGCAAAGCAAUUCCUCAGACAAACCAUCGCACCGGAGCAAUUCUGUACAUACCCAGGCCACUGUGGACGACCGACCCAAGACUCCGGCACCACUUCCUUCCAGUGACGUUACGCCUUGGGCCUACCAGAACUUUGAAGACGUCUCCAAUUUCGGAUCGGCACCAAUACGGCAGGAGCAGCAGAAUGACGCUUUAUUUCCUGGUUCCAUCCCUCCAGUGCCUUCUCAUCGCCGCGGUCUGAUUCAUCGCCAUACGAGGAGCAAGGAGGAUCCUCCAAAGGGUCAGCAAGCUCCAACAUCUGUCCCAAAGAGACCCUCGACCAGCCGAGAAUCGUCCACGAGUAAUUUGGCUUAUUUCCGCAGCACCCCUCAGAACAAUACACCAAUGAGCUCAUCGACGACACUCACGCGUAAUGCGAGUCCAUCUCCGGCAUCUCGUAAAGAAGCAUCUUCGCAACCAGAAAAGAGAUCAUUAUUUUCGAAACUGAAACCACGACACAAAGAGAAACAAGCACCCCAGCCCGAGCCGAUCAGAACAAAUGUCGAGCCGGUACGACCACCAGAAGAACAGAAAAAGACUAGAACUCCGUCGACACGGACCAACACUUCGGACCUUUCGGACAACAAACGAGAUCGAGAAACCAGUGUCGCUUCGGCCGACAGCGCAUCGACAAUCAAAGCUUCUGAUCCGUCACCCAAGAUCGACCGUACAUACACAGGUGGAUCAAAGGGCAGUAGAUUUACUCGUCAUGGAAGACAUCGUGGUCCGAGUCUUCAGGGUGAAUCUUCGGAGAAGAAUCGGUUGCCGAAUCAGCAAGCACCCAUGCAGGCAGGAAUAUUCAGCCUUGAUACCAAUUUUGACGACAUGUCCGGCAUCAUCUCACAGCCUCAGGUGCCCAAAACUCCCGGGGAAGCUGGAAUUUGGAUCGGCAAGGCUUCUGCGACGCCAGCAUCAGAACUGUCGGCGCCGGCUUGGGACGCACCAGACAGUUGGGCUGUCAAAGGCCAAGAAGAUGAAGUUCUCGACCGCUUACCGGAGGCCAACGACGAUGGUCUCCCGGCCAUCCAAGAGGAAGAUCGCCUCUCGUAUUUUAUGCGUGUUUUCAGAACGGACGGCACCUUCGCGACCCUGUCCAUGUCUAUCAACGCGACGGUGGGCGAGGUGUUGCAAUCACUGGCAAAGAAAUCUGUCCUGCACGAUUCCAUCGACAAUUACCUGCUGCUCAUGCGUAAACAUCAACUAUCGAGGCAGCUCGGGCCAGGAGAACGGCCCGUGGCAAUGCAAAAGAAGCUUUUGCAACUCGCUGGUUAUACCGAGCGGGACCGAAUUGAAGAUGUGGGCCGAGAAGACAACAGCUACCUCAUUCGUUUCACUUUCAGUCACGAGAAACAAACCGGAUAUGGGAGCGGCCUUGACAACGAUCCCGCAUUCAACAAAAUGCAAAAGUUCAGCCAUGUUGACUUGUCCGGAAAAUCAUUGGUGACAAUCCCGAUCAUCCUCUACACCAAAGCUUCCGAAAUCAUCUCCAUCAAUUUGUCCCGGAAUCUUUCUCUGAAAGUACCGAGGGAUUUCAUCACCGCCUGCAUCAAUCUUCGCGAGAUCAAGUUCACUGGCAAUGAAGCCUGGAGACUACCACCGAGCCUAGCUUGGGCAAGUCGCUUAACUGUCCUCGAUGUGUCAAACAACCGACUUGAGCAGCUCGACCAUGCCGAGCUCCAUCGAUUGAUGGGUCUUGUAAGUUUGAAGCUUGCGAACAACAAAUUAUCUCAGCUUCCACCCAAUUUCUCCUUCUUCCGCCAACUUCGCAGUCUCAACUUAUCGUCCAACAAUUUCACGACAUUCCCAGAACACAUUUGCAGUCUGAAGGCGCUGGUGGAUCUCGACAUCAGCUUCAACAAGUUAUCGUCGUUACCCAAGAUCUCGCAACUGACCACCCUGGAACGACUAUGGGUGACCAACAAUGAUUUGAAGGGCUCUUUCAAUGAGAGAUUCGCCAGCUUGACCAACCUGAAAGAGAUAGAUGUCCGGUUCAAUGGCAUAACCAACAUCGACAACGUGACCAAUCUUCCGAAUUUGGAGCAACUACUGGUUGGGCAUAACAACAUCACCACGUUCAAAGGAUCUUUUGCGAAGCUCCGUGUUCUCGUCAUGGACCAUUGCCCCGUCACUUCUUUCGAGCUCGACCAGCCUGUCACAACGCUGACAAACCUUAAUAUAGCUUCGGCGAAACUCGUCGAGUUUAAGGAGACAAUGUUUGACUUCAUGCCUAACUUGCAGAAACUGAACCUCGACAAAAAUCAUCUCUCCAACAUGUCCCCUCAAAUUGGGCGAUUGUCUAAAUUGGAGUUCCUGAGCAUGGCGAAGAACCCGCUGAACAUUGUUCCGCCAUCAAUCGGGAAUCUCAUCGAGCUCAAAUUCCUGAAUCUGAGAGAAUGUAACGUGAAAAGUCUCCCGCCGGAAAUCUGGUAUUGCAGGAAACUAGAGACCCUCAAUGUUUCCUCGAAUGUUUUGGAGACCUUUCCUAAGCAGAACGCCGCUCCACCCCCUAAUGAGCCCAAAGAUUACACGCCAGCUACCACACCAGGCUUGUCAACUUCCCCCAGCUUCGAAGAGCUUGGGAAACUUGAGGAUUUUGCCGCACGUCGACCUAGUCAGGCCUCUGCCGGGAUGAUGAGCAUUGGAAGCUCCCCAGGCAGCGGACGGAAAAAUUCUGUCGCCUCGAUCUCGGCCCACAGGAAGACUUCGGUAAUAUCAAGAACAAACACAGAAUACUCCAUGACCACCGCCACCCGGAAGGACUCCAAUAUGUCGCAAUCAAGGCUCCAGACUACAUUUGCUGGCUCACUCCGGUAUUUGUAUUUAGCUGACAACCGCCUCGAAGAUGACGUGUUCCGCGAGUUGGCCCUUCUACCCGAACUUCGAGUCCUCAACUUGUCCUACAACGAACUCGACGAUUUUCCGCAAGGAGUCCUGCGCCGUUGGCCUCAGCUAAGUGAGCUCUAUCUGUCCGGGAAUGAAUUGACAUCCUUGCCUUCCGACGAUCUCGAAGAGAGCAGUAAUUUGAGGGUGUUGCAUCUGAAUGCAAAUCGCUUCCAGGUGUUACCUGCUGAACUCUGCAAUGUGCAUAAAUUGUCCACGUUGGAUGUUGGAAGUAAUUCCUUGAAAUACAACGUCUCAAACUGGCCUUAUGACUGGAACUGGAAUCGCAACACGAACCUGAAAUUCCUCAAUUUUUCUGCCAACAAACGCUUGGAGAUCAAACCUGCUGCCCACCAAACCCCGUCGCAAUUCAGUUCGAUGGGCCGCGAUGACAUGACCGAUCUCACGAGUUUCAACACCCUGAAGCACCUCCGAGUUCUAGGUCUCAUGGAUGUAACACUGUUGACGAACACAAUUCCCGAUGACAACGAAGACCGUCGAGUUCGAACCUCUGCGUCGCUGGUCGGGUCGUUGAUGUACGGAAUGGCGGAUACGUUGGGUAAGAACGAACAUCUGUCAACUCUAGAUCUUCUCAAACCCAAUUUCCGAGGCCAGGAUGGAGAAAUUCUCAUUGGCAUGUUUGACGGUCAGACGAUGUCGAGUGGAGGUUCACGGGUUGCAAAGUAUUUGCACGAAAACUUUCCCGCGGUAUUCUACGAGGAGCUCAAAAAGGCCGACAACGCGAAAGAAAAUGCGGUCGAUGCUUUAAGAAGAACGUUCCUGGCCAUCAACAAGGACAUGGCCAAUUUCGCCAGCAGCAACUUCGAUGCCAAAGAAUACCGGUUGGUUAAUGGUCACCGAGGCUCGACUGUUGCCAACAUCCUCGGUCCUGAUGAUUUGAGCUCUGGUGGCGUAGCCACAGUCCUGUACAUCAACGGCCAGGAACUGUAUGUCGCCAACGUUGGUGAUAUUGAGGCGAUUCUCAUUCAAUCGAAUGGCCAACAUCGCCAAUUGACGAGAAAGCACGAUCCAGCGGAGCCAGCGGAACGUGAGCGCAUCCGAGAGGCAGGAGGAUAUGUGUCAAGACAAGGCAAACUCAAUGAAACUCUCGAAGUGAGUCGGGCUUUUGGCUACUACAGUCACAUGCCAUCGGUCAUCGCCGCACCACACACCUUCAACUGCCAAGUCAGUGAAUCCGAUGAACUUAUUGUCUUGGGUACUAAGGAGUUUUGGGAUCAUGUCACGGUCGAUUUAGCAGUUGAUGCCGCUCGAGCCGAAAAGAACGAUCUCAUGCUCGCGGCGCAGAAGCUGAGGGAUCUCGCAAUGGCGUUCGGGGCCCGAGAUAAGAUUAUGGUGAUGGUCCUGGGAAUCUCCGAUCUAAGAAAGAGAGGAAAUCAUCGCUUCCGGGGCACGAGCCUCUCGAUGGCUAAAGAAUUAGGCCUUGACGAAGGAGCCAUAUUUCCGAGUUCGAGAAAGACUCGGCGAAAAGGCGAAACUCUGGUUGGUGAUUCUCGACUUGCCAGACUGGAAGAGCCAGAUCCUCCUGUCGGCGACGUGGCCAUUUGUUUCACUGAUAUCAAAAAUUCAACCGCUCUGUGGGAGAUUCUCCCCGUUCCGAUGAGAUCGGCCAUAAUGAUGCACAAUGAGCUCAUGCGAAGACAGCUCCGAAUCAUCGGUGGGUACGAGGUGAAGACAGAAGGGGAUGCUUUCAUGGUGUCCUUCCCGACGGUCACAUCAGCGUUGCUUUGGUGUUUCAGCUGCCAAAGUCAUCUCCUAGAGUUGCCCUGGCCCACCGAAGUUCUGGAGACGGUCCAUUGUCAAGAGAAGGUGGACUCGGAUCAGAAUACCAUCUAUCGUGGUCUCUCGGUCAGAAUGGGCCUUCACUGGGGUCGACCCGUGUGCGAACAAGAUCCCAUUACCCGACGAAUGGAUUACUUUGGUCCCAUGGUCAAUAAAGCGGCCCGAGUGUGUGCCGUGGCAGAUGGUGGACAAAUCAGCGUCAGCAGUGACUUUAUCGCGGAGGUUCAAAGAACCCUGGAGAGCUAUGCAGAUGAUGAUCGACGAGAUUCGGUCGGAUCGGAAGAGACGGUGAAUGACGAUCCACUGUCUGUGCAAAUCCGCCGCGAACUUCGCCAGCUAAGUAGCCAGGGAUUCGAGGUCAAAGAUCUUGGAGAGAAGAAGUUGAAAGGUCUUGAAAACCCCGAAUAUCUCUAUUUGAUGUAUCCACAUUCACUGGCCGGUCGCCUAUCUGUUCCUCCUAGAGCCGAGAACAAAAUCCAACUUGGAGGUGACGCUCCCGCCAGCGGUGAUGAUAAAGGUCAACCCGGCAGCCUAGGCACAGACAGCCAGCUGAAAGACCUACGCCUCGAUGAAGUUUGGAAACUUUGGGAUAUUGCCCUGAGAUUGGAGAUGUUGUGCAGUUGUCUGGAAGCCCCAGAGCGAGCAGCCGGAUUACACAAGCCCGAACUUAGUUUACUCACAAGGAUGAAAGAGCGGGGAGGGGUACAGACAGAUGGAUUCAUGAUGAACUUGUUGGAGCACCAAGUGACCAGGGUCGAGGCAUGCGUAACAACACUGCAGCUUCGCCACAUGUUUCAGCCUUUCCAGAAAGGCGUCAGCUUCUUUGACCAGGCCAAACCUAUUGGCGACAUCUUGUCCGAGCUCUCAGGUCUCCUUACCGAGGCAAAUCAAUUCAGGGAUCAGAUUGAUACACCAGAAACGGAGGAAGAGACAGACUCGGAAUAA